AUGUCUCAUGCAGAGUUUCCUGUGAAGCGCCGCAGGGUCGAUCCGCCAUCACCGGCCGAGUCUACAUCGCCAGAAAAACAAUCGUCCCCGUCCAUUGCCGUUGCCGACCCCGCCAUGAUGGACGACCGUGGUGACACCGCCAGCCUGACCGACAGUGCCAGAGCUCAUUCGUACGAAAACGGACUGCGCUAUCACGGGUAUCGACCGGGAAUCUACGCGUUCCCCAACGAUGAGACGGAGCAGGAACGUGAUCAGCUGGCACAUCAGCUCAGUUAUGAGAUGUGUGGUGAAAGCCAUUUCAUCGCUCCCAUUGAGCAAUGGCUGGAAAGGGGGGCUGAGGUGCUCGAUCUCGGAACCGGCAUUGGCAUUUGGUGCGAAGAACGCUUCUCUUUCGAGGGGAUUGACUUAUCGCCGAUCCAGUCGAGUGAGGUGCCACCCAAUGUGCGCUUCUACGUCGACGACAUGGAACACGAGCAAGGCUGGGACUUCGACGGACGCACUUUUGACUACAUCCACCUCCGGCACACGCUGCACUCGGUCCACAACCGACCGGAGCUUCUGAAGAGGGUUCUCGAGUGGGUGUCUCAUCCUGUCCAGACGAAGAGCGCUUUGCUGACAACCGCUAGCCACCUCAAACCGGGCGGCUAUUUUGAAGUCCAAGAGUUCGAAUGCAACCUCCGCUGCGACGACAACACGUGCCCCGAAGGCAACGAUUAUGCCCUCCGCGAAUGGUUUGAUCACCUCGCGAGCGGCCUGUCUGCGCGAGGCGUCGACCUCUACAGCAUCACCUCCAUUGCUGACGAGAUGCGGGCCAUCGGCUUCACCGGCGUGACGGAGCACUCGCGAAAGUGUCCUGUCGGAUCAUGGCCUGCUGACGAGAGCCUGCGCUUCUGCGGCGGUUUGCUGAGAGAGAGCUUGCUCGCCGGCUUGGGUGGGCUGAGUGCCCGGCCUUUUGCGGCCUUGACGUGGGAGAGGCCGCGGCUCGAGGUCUUCUUGCUGCGGGUGAGGGAGUCGAUCAAGACGACGGGAUAUCAUGCCUACUUGCCUUUCCGGACAGUCUGUGGCCGGAAGCCCUUGUCGGACUAG